AUGGAGAUCAGUCCUGAAGAUGAUGAAGACUUUCGUUUUGUUCUUGUUAGUAAGCUCCUCACAAACAAGAUCAUCAAGUUUAACUUUAUGAAGGAGACUAUGACGGCUGUGUGGCGCCUAGGCAGAGGCUUAGUGGUUACUGAACUCGCCCCAAACCUUUUCAUACUCCAACUCUUUCAUGAAGUGGAUAUGAAUCGCAUCCUAGAGGACGGACCAUGGUUAUUCGAGCAUAGCUUACUGGUCCUAGCGAGGCUUCAGCCAAACGUCCCUCCACAUGAUGUUCCUCUAGAUAAGGUUGUCGCGACAAUAGGGAAUUUCGUGGGAACAUUUAUUCAGUCAGAUAAGAACAACUUUUAUGGGUCAUGGAAAUCUUUCCUUCGGAUCCGUGUUACGCUGGAUAUUACGAAGCCCCUAACGGCUAAGAUGAGGAUCAAGCGGAAGGAUGUUGACUGGUCAUGGAUAUCUUUUCGCUAUGAGAGACUCCCGCAUUUCUGUUUCAUCUGCAGAAUGAUAGGUCACACAUAG